GUGCUAUAACUGUUGUAGGAGGCAUAGUGAAGCUAAAGAUUAUUUCACAGAUACUGCUUUAUUAAUAGCCCCCACCCCCCACAUAAAUGCACAUUUCUUCAUUCGCAGUUUGGAAAGGCAGCCAAAGAAUGAUAAAAAGCCUCCAACUUCCUCUUGUAGUAUUACUUCUGAACAAGAGUUAGGACAGAGAAAGCUGAGCUUGCUUGGUGGAAUAUAAGACCAGUUUUCUUGCACAAAAAUGGAGGCAGACUUGCUGGGGGAGAUAGUACUGCUUGCAGCAGUUACCUUUCUUAGUGCCUUACAGAAUGUAUUUUUUGCACACAAGGUGGAACUUGAAUCAAAGACUCAGAAUUCCAAAUGCUUUCAGAGGACAGGAUCCCCAGCUUUUGAAAAAGUAUAUUGUGCAAAUCAAAACUGUACUGAUGCAUACCCGACAUUUCUAGUUGGGCUUUGGGGUGCUGGACUUUUCUGCAGCCAAGCUCCUGCAGCAUUUGCUGGUUUGAUGUAUCUGCUGGUGAGACAGAAGUACUUUGUGGGUUACCUAGGUGAAAGCACACAAAGCACACCUGGAUACAUCUUUGGGAAACGUAUCAUUGCAUUUCUGUUCAUCAUGUAUGCUGCUGGUGUCAUCAACUAUUUUGCCAUAGUUCUUUUUGGUACUGAUUUUCUUGUUCAUAUUCAAACAGUGACCAAGGCUAGUUCUGCUCUUCUUUUGAUCCCAUAAUUCUUUUAAAAAAUCAUUAUUCUAUACAUCCACCCAGACUGCAAUAGCCAGAGAAUGCAGCCAACGACAAAAGUAAAUGAUUUCUGGAAAGAAUAUCUGAAGAUAAACCAAAAUCAGAAAUAAAAUGUUCACAGUUUUAACUUUUUUGUUCUAUAUGUAUGAUACUAUCAGGAAUAUUUCAGUGUCUUAACAUCAUAUGCAAGGAUUUUACAUAAACUAAGAAAGAAUCCAAUUUAAAUGUUAAAUGAUAAUGAUAUGUGCUUUGUAUAGCUGGUGUGCUUAUGCCAUGCCUUCCUUUGCUAGUGUUGUAAUUUAAAGCUUAAUGCUUUGUAAAAUAAUGGGUAAUUGGAACAUAUUUUGUUGAAAAAUACUUAUCAGUAGUUACAAAUAAACAUAAUUGCUCUAAACUAA